AUGAUCUUGCAACUGCUCCAUGUGUUCCUGUAUAAGGUCGCUACAGCUGCUGCCGACGGUUGGAGUGCCCUUUUCCAAUCUUGUCCAGUGAAAUCUCAACCAAAAGAUUGUGAUAUCGACGGGCUUGAUGACCAGCAAAUAUAUGACCUGUGUCUGAGUCUUCCCUCUGAAGCGUGGAUUUCUACAGAGACUGGGGAGGAUUGCCCUGCGCGAAUUAGCCUGGAUGUCAUUGGCAAGCGGAUAUAUGACCGUCCGGCACCAGGUUCUCCGCCUGAGGCACUGGCCCAGGAACUAGUUCGCAAUAGCACGAAUAUUCCUGUCCCCGCGAUCCGUCGAGUUAUUCCCCACGAAAAAGGUUGCGCCCUCAUUGUCAUGGACUACAUCCCGGGAGUCAGCCUAUCAGCCGCUUGGCCCCGCAUGUCGUUGUGGCAGAAAAUACGUACCGCAUUGACGGUGCGACGCUACGUCCGCCAACUACGGUCCAUUCCUCAUCCCCGACCUGGUAUUCCCGGCCCCUUGGCCGAAGGGGGUGUGCCUGUACCUUGCAUCUCCCCCGCCAUAUUUUCUUUCAUGAGACCAGUUCGGGGCCCCUUCACCACCACUGCCGAGUUCCUCGCGUACUUCAACACUGCACCCAAAUUUGGCCCGGGUCUGCGUUUGCUCCCUCUGCCGAGGAAACCUACGUUGACGGAUGAGAAGCUCGUGUUGAGCCAUGCGGAUUUGGCGCCACGGAAUCUGAUCGUAGGUGAUGACGGUCAGCUGUGGUUGAUAGACUUUGGUCACGCCGGUUUCUAUCCGAUAUGGUUCGAAUAUGUGAACACGAGCAUGGACGCACGGUUGGAGAGCGGAAGGGAAUACGACCUGGCGUGGCGUACUCUUAUCCCUUUCAUCUGUGAUCCUUACUAUUAUGUCCUAGAGUACAUUCAGUCCGUGUAUCUGCGUUAG